GACAAAUUUAGAGUCGUGUGCAAUUUAAUCUGUUCCUAAAUUUAGUUCUAAUAUUGUACUCGUCUGGUGUGCAUUGCGCUUUUUUGGGUUUUUUUAAACUAAUUUUCGAGUUGUGUAAAUUAUUUCUUUAAUAUUAAUGGGUAUAAUUCAGAGUAACAGUUGGUUCGUGGGAGACAUGUCACCACAACAUGCUGAAUCUCUUUUAUAUCAAAAUAACCAAGCGGGAUGCUUUGUUGUACGGAACUCGAAGACAAAAGGACUGUACUCUUUAUCACUCCAUACAGGAAUUUGUGUCAAACAUUAUCAUAUAAAGCAAAGUCUGACUAAGCGCAAAGGCUAUUAUUAUUUGUUCGAUGGAAAUUAUCAUCAAACUGUGCCCCAUCUUAUCCACUAUCAUAUGCAGCAUGCUGGAGGUCUUCCGUGUCGCUUGAAAUCCACAUUAAGCACAUCGCCUGAUAACAUUGGUAUAAAUUUAGGCAAUCAAGAAAUUUCCAAUUGGGAAAUUCAUGCAUCAGAAUUAGAAAUUUUAGAAAAAUUGGGAUCCGGUGCCUUUGGUGUCGUUCAUCGAGGAAGAUGGCGCAAAUCAACGAUUGUCGCCGUAAAAACAAUAAAUCCCGGUGCCAUGUCUGAGGAUGAACUGAGAAAAGAAGCUAAAAUUAUGACUAAAUUGCAACACCCUAAUGUAGUGCAGUUGUACGGUGUUUGUUUUACACAACGUCCAAUUAAAAUAGUCAUCGAAUUCAUGAAGCAUGGAUCCUUAUUGAGUUACUUGUCACGAUACAAACAAUCAUUUCUUGAAAGUACGAGAUUAUUACUUGAUAUGUGCAUACAGGUUUGCAAAGGCAUGUACUACUUGGAAAGCAAUAAUUUUAUUCAUCGUGAUCUCGCAGCAAGAAAUUGUCUGGUUGGAUCUGCAAAUACGAUAAAAGUGGCUGAUUUCGGUCUCGCUCGUUUUGUGCUCGACAAUGAAUAUAGAAGUUCGCGUGGCUCCCUGUUUCCCAUUAGGUGGUCACCGCCAGAGGUCAUAAGAAGUGCAGUAUUUUCCUCAAAGAGUGAUGUUUGGUCGUUCGGAGUUUUGAUGUUUGAAAUAUUCACCUGUGGUAAAGUGCCAUAUGAAGGGUACAACAAUUCGCAGGUUAUGGCAAAUGUACAACGGGGAAAAAUUCUAGAGAAACCAAUGGCUUGUUCUAAAGAAAUAUAUGAUAUCAUGAAACAGUGUUGGUCAUACAAUCCCGAAGAUAGACCAGGAUUCGGAAAACUACUGGAGAAAUUAUGAUCUUAAUGAUUGGCAAUUCACCAUCUUUUAUUAUUUUAUUUAAAAAAAAUAAUUAAAUUAAUUAAAUAAAUAAAUUAAAUAAAUAAAUUAAAUAACUAUAUUAAUAAUA